AUGGCGCACCCCGGCACCGCCCACAAAUACACCAAAGGUCUCAUCGCCUUUGAACACGCCUCCACUCACCCGUCGUCCUCCUACAACACCAUCCUCUGGAUAGGCGGCCUAACAGACGGUCUCCUCACCGUUCCCUACCCCUCGCUUAUCGCGUCCUCCCUCCCACCGACCUGGUCACUCGCCGAAGUCCUCAUCACCUCCUCCUACAGCGGCUGGGGCACCGGUAGCCUGAUGCGCGACGCAAAGGAAUUAGGCGAAUGCGUGUCUUACUUCAAGAAGCUGCGGCCGGGGAAGAAAGUUGUGCUUAUGGGACAUUCGACGGGGUGUCAGGAUAUCAUGGAGUAUUUACUAGGGGAAGGGAAGAAGGAGAGAGAGGCAGUGGAUGGUAUAAUCCUUCAAGGUGGUGUAAGUGAUAGGGAAGCUUGGGAAGAUUACUACAGUUAUGAAGAGGGAAGAAAACAACUACAAGAUGCGAUUACGAUAGCGAAGGACUUGGUUGACGCAGGCAAAGGCGAGGAAGUCUUAUCGCCAGAAAGCAAUCCCGUCUUCAAAGACAUGGGCGGCCCACUCAACGCCUACCGCGCAUACUCCCUCCUCGCCAAAGGCGGCGAUGACGACUACUUCUCCAGCGACUUCUCAGACGGACACUUCGCGACUACAUUUGGCACGAUACCAAAGAGUACGCCGGUAUGCUUCCUCCUCGGAUCCGACGACCCAUACGUCCCGGCCAGCAUCGACCGAGCAGCCCUACUCAAGCGCUGGACGCGCAUAAUACGGGAAGGCGGCGGUGUUGUGGAUGAUGUUGAUGGUGGUGUGAUACUGGGUGCACAUCAUAAUCUUGAUGGGGAUCCGGAGGAGGUAGUCCAGGAUCUCGUGAGGAGGGUUUGUGGGUUUGUUGCUAGACUGGACCGUGAUAGGGCGCAGUUGGCCAAACAGAUGCGUUUGAUAUAG